UUGACAGCAAAAUGAAUCUCCCACCUGUUAUUUGUUAUUCCUUCCCUCUCUUACUCUCUCUGCUCUUCCUCCCACCCUCCAUCUCCGGCACCUCUGUUCACCCCUCUCCAAUCCCCUCUGACGACUCCCUCCAACAAUGCCUCCUCAAAAACUCCGUUCCUGACACCCUCAUCUUCACGCCCAAAUCCACUAACUUCACCGCCACUCUGCUCUCCUCGGCCCAAAGCCGCCGAAUCAUCUUCGACAGCCGCUCCACCAAACCAAUUCUCAUCAUCACCCCAUCACAGGAAUCUCACGCCCAAGCCGCCGUCCUCUGCUCUAAACACCUCAAAUUCCAACUCCUAACCAGAAGUGGCGGCCACGACUAUGAAGGCCUCUCGUACUCAACCAACUUCAGCCCGUUCUUCAUACUCGACCUCUCCAAUCUCCGCUCCAUCUCAUUUAAUGCCGAUAACACUGUUUGGGUGCAAUCCGGCGCCACGCUUGGCGAGCUUUACUUUUCCAUCGCAUCAAAAAGCCGAACUUUGGCCUUCCCUGCUGGAUUUUGUCCAACAGUCGGCGUCGGCGGGCAUAUAAGUGGCGGAGGCAUUGGGACCAUCAUGAGAGAGCAUGGCAUCGCCGCCGACCACGUCGUGAACAUUCGCAUCAUUAAUGCCAAUGGAAAGAUCUUGGAAAGAGAAUCAAUGGGAGAGGAUCUAUUCUGGGCGUUAAGAGGAGGAGGCGGUGCGAGCUUUGGAGUCAUACUCGCAUAUAAGAUAAAACUUGUUCCAGUCCCUCCAAAGGUCACAGUUUUCUCAAAAACUUCAACUUUAUCUCCGGGCACCACCAAAGCUAUCGCGAAAUGGCAGCAGGUGGCUUAUAGAGCCGACAAGAGACUGUACAUCAGCGCAACGUUGACGGUGGUGAGUAAGACUGUGCAAACCACUUUUAACGGAUUGUUUUUGGGUGAGAUGACAGAGCUGCUUUCGAUCAUGAAGCAAAGCUUACCUGAGUUACAGGUGACCGAUAAGGACUGUAAAGAGAUGAGUUGGAUUGAAUCCCUACUCGUCUUCUCCACCUAUCCUGUACCGAACAUAAAUAGUAAUCUGUCUUUAAGUAGUUUGCUAGAUAGAACUCCGACAUUAUUAAGUAUAUCCUUUAAAGUGAAGUCUGAUAUAGUAACCGAGCCCAUUGUAGAGCAGAGUUGGGAGAAGAUGUGGAAGUAUAUUCUCAAAGAAGAUGAGCUGCUUGUGAUGAUAAUUGAGCCAUUGGGAGGAAAGGUCGCAGAGAUAGCAGAGACUGAGACUCCAUUUCCUCACAGAAAUGGAAGUAAGUACCUCGUACAAUAUGUUGCGGCGUGGACGGAGGCUGGAGAGAUUGCAGCAAGGAAGAAUACUGAGUGGUUGAGGGGGUUUUACAAUUUCAUGGCUCCAUUUGUUUCAAAGAAACCUCGAGCUGCUUACCUUAACUUCAGGGAUCUUGACUUGGGACGAAACAAUAAAGGGUUGAUAAGCUACAAGAACGCUGAAGCUUGGGGAAAAAAAUAUUACAAAAUCAACUUUAAGAAGCUGGCGUAUGUCAAAUCUAAGACAGAUCCAAACAAUCUUUUUAGAAAUGAACAGAGCAUUCCUCCAUUGAUUUAUUAAUCGACAUAUUUCAGUACCCCAUGAUGUCUCCUCAGCUUUUUAUUUGUGUUCUAUUUUUCUCUUCGUAUCAAAAAAAUAUAUUUUGUAUUAAAAAAAUAUUUUAAGAAACAGUAAAAAAAUCAUCAAAAAAAAAUCUUUAAUGUGUUUAUAUUUGUAUGCAUUCCAAAGGCUUCUUCA